UUGUGACAUCAGCAGAGGCUGAGGUUUUUGUUUUGCUCUUGCCCAGCUCAGGAGGACAUCUGCUCAGCCAUUGGAAAGGCAUUCGGAGCCCAGAUGGCAGAGCUCAACAUGGAGCUGACACGCACGGCAGCCGUCAGAAGUGAGGGCUACAGCAACGCUAGCUUCCAGGAUGGAGAAAUUGGAAAACAGAACGCAUCAGGAAACAACUCAAUACGGAGUAGAGGGGAGCAAGGAAACCUCAGACAGGGGGACGAGCGUAUCACAAUCGAGCAGGACUCCCUAAGAAACAAAGAUGAAGAUGUGGAGGACGGGCAAGACACGCAUCCAAAAGGAUAUUUCGAAAGAAAAUACAAUGCAGUUUGUGAUUUUUGUAGAAAACACAAAACCAUCCUUCGGUACAUCAUCUGGGGCAUUUUAUUAGUCGGUUAUCUGGCCGUGGUGAUUGCAGCCUGCGUGCUGAACUUUCACAGAGCCCUUCCUCUCUUUGUGGUCACGGUGGCUGCUGUCGUUUUCAUUGGCUGGGAUCACUUGAUGGCCAGAUAUGAACAUCACAUUGAUGAAAUCCUAUCUCCGGGCCGACAGCUUCUGGACAGCCAUUGGUUCUGGAUGAAGUGGGUCAUGUGGAGCCUGUUGAUCCUGGGCAUUACUUUCUGGCUGAUCCUCGACACCGCCAAGUUGGGACAACAGCAUUUGGUGUCCUUCGGUGGGCUCGUGAUGUACACUAUCCUGUUAUUUCUGUUUUCCAAGCACCCAACCAGAGUUUACUGGAGACCUGUCUGCUGGGGAAUUGGAUUGCAGUUUCUUCUUGGUCUCCUAAUCCUAAGGACUAAGCCUGGAUUCAUUGCUUUUGAUUGGUUGGGCAGACAAGUUCAGGUUUUCCUGGGGUACACUGAUGCUGGUGCUAUCUUUGUCUUUGGUGAGAAGUAUACAGACCACUUCUUCGCAUUUAAGAUCCUGCCCAUCGUGGUUUUCUUCAGCACUGUGAUGUCCAUGUUGUACUACCUGGGACUGAUGCAGUGGGUCAUCAGAAAGGUUGGAUGGACAAUGCUAGUUACUAUGGGGUCAUCUCCUAUUGAGUCUGUAGUUGCUGCUGGCAAUAUAUUUGUUGGACAAACGGAGUCUCCACUGCUGGUCCGGCCGUAUUUGCCACAUGUCACCAAGUCAGAGCUCCAUGCCAUCAUGACAGCUGGCUUCGCCACAAUCGCGGGCAGUGUGCUGGGCGCGUACAUUUCUUUUGGGGUCUCAUCCACCCACCUGUUAACGGCUUCAGUUAUGUCCGCUCCCGCAUCAUUGGCUGUCGCUAAACUCUUCUGGCCCGAGACAGAGAAACCCAAGAUAACCCUUAAGAGGGCCAUGAAGAUGGAAAAUGGCGAUUCGAGGAACCUCCUAGAGGCUGCAACGCAGGGAGCCUCCUCGUCAAUCCCUCUGGUGGCAAACAUCGCUGCAAAUCUCAUCGCCUUCCUGGCCCUGUUGUCCUUUCUGAAUUCAGCCCUGUCCUGGUUUGGAAACAUGUUUGACUACCCACAGCUGAGUUUCGAGCUAAUAUGCUCCUACAUCUUCAUGCCCUUUUCCUUUAUGAUGGGAGUGGACUGGCAAGACAGCUUUAUGGUUGCCAAGCUCAUUGGUUAUAAGACAUUCUUCAAUGAAUUUGUGGCUUACGAGCACCUCUCUAAGUGGAUCAGUUUGAGGAAAGAGGCUGGACCCAAAUUUGUGAAUGGGGUGCAACAAUAUAUGUCAAUUCGUUCUGAGACAAUCGCCACUUAUGCCCUCUGCGGUUUUGCCAAUUUCGGUUCCCUAGGAAUAGUGAUCGGCGGACUCACAUCCAUGGCUCCUUCCAGAAAGCGCGACAUUGCCUCUGGAGCCAUCCGAGCUCUGGUCGCGGGGACCAUCGCCUGCUUCAUGACGGCCUGCAUCGCAGGCAUCCUCUCCAGCACUCCUGUGGAUGCUAACUGCCAUCACAUUUUAGAGGCUGCUUUCAGCUCCACUUCACCUAGCAACACAACGGGAAUGGUGUCUUGUUGCCAAAGCUUAUUGCCCAGCGCUGUGGUCAAAGGGCCUGGCCAGGUCAUCCCAGGAGGAAACGGCAGCCUGCACUCCUUGAAGGGCUGCUGUAAACUGUUGACUCCACCCACACUCAACUGCAGCUGGAUCCCGAGUGGAUUCUGAGUGCCGCCAUUUUUCCAAUGGAAUGCAGUCUGCAGACGCUGAAUGUUCUUCUUUGGGGAAAAGAAAAGAUGUCAUCCAUAGA